CGCCCCAAUACGGAAGCAGUGGGAUCCCAGCGAUCGGAAAGCCGGUGGGUCAGACCAUGGGGGAACCCUGGGCCGCUCGGAACGCAGAACGAGCCCCCGCGCGGAUGCCACUGGUGCUCACCGCGCUGUGGGCCGUCGUCGUGGUUCUGGAGCUGGCCUACGUGAUGGUGCUGGGGCCUGGGCCACCCCCGCUGGGACCAUUGGCCCGGGCCUUGCAACUGGCGCUGGCUGCUUAUCAGCUGCUGAAUCUGCUGGGCAACGUGGUGCUCUUCCUCCGCUCGGAUUCCAGCAUUCGGGGGGUGAUGCUGGCUGGCCGCGGCCUGGGCCAGGGCUGGGCUUACUGUUACCAGUGUCAAAGCCAGGUGCCACCACGUAGUGGGCACUGCACUGCCUGCCGUGUGUGCAUCCUACGUCGAGACCAUCACUGUCGCCUAUUGGGCCGCUGUGUGGGCUUCCAUAAUUACCGGCCCUUCCUUUGCCUCCUGCUUCAUGCUGCUGGUGUCCUGCUCCACGUGUCAGCGCUGCUAAGCCCCGCCCUGUCAGCCUUGCUGCAGGCCCACUCAGCCCUCUACACGGUGGCUCUCCUGCUGUUGCCUUGGCUCAUGCUACUCACAGGCAAAGUGUCUCUGGCCCAGUUCGCCCUGGCCUUUGUGGUGGACACGUGUGUGGCAGGUGCACUGUUGUGUGGUGCUGGGCUGCUUUUCCAUGGGAUGCUGCUGCUUCGGGGCCAGACCACCUGGGAGUGGGCUCGGGGUCACCACUCCUAUGACCUGGGCACCUGCCACAACCUGCAGGCAGCCCUGGGACCUCGCUGGGCCCUAGUCUGGUUCUGGCCUUUUCUAGCCUCUCCUUUGCCUGGAGAUGGGAUCACUUUUCAGACUCCAGGUGAUGUGGGUCUUGUGACUUCCUGAGUCCAGGUAGAGGCAGAACUGAACAGGGCAGAAGGGAGCAGAGGAUCGAACUGAGAACUUUUUAAAAGCUUCAUGCCAGCUACAGGAGGAAGGCCAGAUUGCCCCUUCAUGUGUGUAGUGGGCAGCUCUAGCUCCUUUGAACCUGCCCAGUGUGGGCUCUUCUAUCUAUGUAGUUGGCCCUUUUGGCAGAGGAUGGUCUAGCACGGGGGCUACUUGGCCUGAUCGACUGCGCCUCUGCAGGGCAGUAAAGUGCCAAGCUGGUUCUUGGCCUCCCCCAUCUCUGCUGGGUUCCUAUGCCUCACUUUGUUGUUUUGGUUGCUGUUUCCCAGUUCCCAUGUCAGGCCUGGAGAUUACAGAAGGCCUGAAAUCCCAAUGGGCCCGGGCUCUGCCGCCUAUGGCCCUGGCAGGGUGGGGUCCAGGCAAGGAGAGUCCAGAUGUGCUCUAGAGAUUAGCACUCCAUAGAUACAGGCCUACAGCAGGGGGUGAGGGAGCUCUAAGUCGCUCACCUGUAUGCGGGACCACAGUUAGAAUCUUUGUUCUGUAAGAAACAGAAAAGCCCUGCUAGGCCAUGUGGCAAGAUUGUGGGGUAGAAAUGUAGACCUUACCGGCCUCAAACUCAAGGAAAUCCACUGGCUUCUCCUUUCUGAGUGCUAGGAUGAAAGACAUUUGCUACCAUGACUGGCCUAAGAGGUUAGAUUUGAACCCUUCUAGCUAGAUUGUUUUAUUAAAUAAAUUCAUUAUGAAAUUCUAUUUAUUAUUGUAAUGAGAAUACAAAAGGACCCAAUCUUGGUCCUGGAUGAAGAGGCCAGACCACAGGAGUCUCGGGCUGUGCCCCUUGGGGACUUUGUUGUGGCUGCAGAUGGCCCUGCACACCCUCCACAGAGAGGCCUGGUCUUUGAAUCUGCUUUACUUUUGCACAGCUGAAGGAACAUCAGGGCCAAAAUAACUAGCUUCCAAGCAUUCCAGAGUUCAUGAAGGGUGAUUUUAAUGUGUGUGUGUGUGUGUGUGUCCAAAUUACUGCAUGUAGUGAUAUGGUCCUCUUUUUCUCUUCUUCAUGGAGAUCUGAAUAUACCUUAACCAAACAUUUUCUAUUUUCUUCCACUGGUCAUUUUCCUACCUCACCCCCACCUCAUGCACACCACUCCCCACACCCCCACGUAGUGGGAAUCAUGCCCUAGGAGCCCUUGCUCUUUCAUACCAAUCUGAGAAUCAGCUCCUCAGAUCUCACCAAUGAAAGCCCACCUUGAAAUAAGCGGAAUCCAGUGGACUAUGUGUUAGCUUGGAGAGGAUAAGCAUCUAUGUGAGAUUCAACCUUUCAGGUCAUAAACAUGGAUUAUCUCCUCAAUGAAUAGUUUUAGUUUUUGAGACAGGGUCUCACUUUGUAGCUUUGUAGCUGUGAUUAGCCUAGUAAUUACUAUUUAGACCAGAUUGGCCUCAAACUCAAGAGAUUUACCUGCCUGCCUCCUAAAUGGAAUUAAAUAUGUGCACCACCAUGCCAGCUUUCAAUAUUUUCAA